CCGGCAUUGUGAGUGAGCGGCUGCAGUGUUCUUAUCGGUGAGAGCAACAUGGACCUGGUAGAUCCUUCCCAGAGCGCCGCCGCGGCAGCCGGAACCCAAACGGUUAAGGAUGAGGUGUCUGAGAAGUGCCAGAAGCUGUUCCAGGACUUCCUGGAGGAAUUCCGGGGUAGCGACGGGGAGCUGAAGUACCAGAGUGACGCAGAGGAACUCAUCAGGCCGGAGAGGAACACGCUGCUCGUCAGCUUCAUCGACUUGGAGCAGUUUAACCAGCAGCUCGCUACAACCAUCCAGGAGGAGUUCUACAGGGUGUAUCCGUACCUCUGUCGAGCAGUGAAAGCCUUUGCCCGCGAUCAUGGAAACGUUCCACAGAACAAGGAAUUCUACGUUGCCUUCCAGGAUCUGCCCACUCGACAUAAAAUCCGAGAGCUGACGACCCCUCGCAUCGGAUCUCUGCUGCGGAUCAGCGGUCAAGUGGUUCGGACUCACCCAGUCCAUCCGGAACUGGUCAGUGGGACCUUCCUUUGCUUGGACUGCCAGACCUUGGUGAGGGAUGUGGAGCAGCAGUUUAAGUACACACAGCCGAGCAUCUGCAGGAACCCGGUGUGCGCCAACAGGAGGAGGUUCAUGUUGGAUACAAACAAAUCCAGAUUUGUUGAUUUCCAGAAGGUUCGUAUUCAGGAAACGCAGGCAGAGCUCCCGCGAGGCAGCAUCCCCCGGAGCGUCGAAGUGAUCCUACGGGCAGAAGCUGUUGAGUCGUGUCAGGCCGGUGAUAGGUGCGACUUUACCGGAUCUCUGAUUGUUGUGCCGGAUAUUUCCCAGCUGGCAACUCCAGGUGUCCGUGCAGAGACCAGCGCCAGGGUGGGCGGAACAGAAGGGUACCAGGCUGAAGGUGUCCAAGGUCUCCGAGCCCUUGGUGUUCGAGAUCUCUCCUAUAAAUUGGUUUUCCUUGCGUGCUACGUCUGCCCAACCAACCCAAGGUUUGGUGGGAAGGAUCUACAUGAGGAGGACAUGACUGCAGAGAGCAUCAAAAACCAGAUGUCUGUGAAGGAAUGGGAGAAGGUGUUUGAGAUGAGUCAAGACAAAAACCUGUACCAUAACCUCUGUACCAGCCUCUUCCCAACUGUACACGGUAACGAUGAAGUAAAGAGGGGUAUCUUACUGAUGCUGUUUGGGGGUGUCCCUAAGACAACAAUGGAGGGCACAUCUUUACGUGGAGACAUUAAUGUUUGUAUUGUUGGAGAUCCGAGUACAGCCAAGAGCCAGUUCCUCAAGCACGUUGAGGAGUUCAGUCCCCGUGCAGUUUACACUAGUGGGAAAGCCUCCAGUGCCGCCGGUCUGACAGCAGCCGUCGUGAAAGAUGAAGAAUCAUAUGAGUUUGUGAUUGAGGCUGGAGCCCUGAUGCUCGCUGACAAUGGAGUUUGCUGCAUCGAUGAGUUUGACAAGAUGGACACAAAGGACCAAGUGGCUAUCCAUGAGGCAAUGGAACAGCAAACCAUUUCAAUUACCAAAGCUGGUGUUAAGGCUACGCUCAAUGCUCGCACUUCCAUCCUCGCUGCAGCAAACCCUGUAGGGGGCCGCUAUGAUAGGGCCAAGUCACUUAAGCAGAAUAUCAACUUGUCUGCUCCCAUCAUGUCCAGAUUUGAUCUCUUCUUCAUUCUUGUGGAUGAGUGUAAUGAGGUGACAGAUUACGCCAUUGCCCGACGUAUAGUCGACCUCCAUUCUCGGAUUGAGGAAUCUAUCGACAGAGUGUACACACUGGAUGAAGUCAGGAGAUACCUUCUCUUUGCCAGGCAGUUCAAACCCAAGAUCUCUAAGGAGUCAGAGGACUUCAUAGUGGAGCAGUACAAACGGCUGAGGCAGCGAGACGGCACGGGGGUCACCAAAUCUGCUUGGAGGAUCACCGUACGGCAGCUGGAAAGCAUGAUCCGAUUGUCGGAAGGCAUGGCAAGGAUGCACUGCAGUGAUGAGGUGCAGCCAAAACAUGUGAAGGAGGCAUUCCGGUUAUUGAACAAAUCCAUCAUCAGGGUGGAGACUCCGGACGUCAACCUGGAUCAAGAGGAUGAACAUGAGGCGGAGGAAGAACCUCAAGAGGUUAUAAAUGGCGAUGCUUCGGUUCCCAGUGGUGUGAAUGGGCACGUGAAUGGAAUGAAUGGGCACGCUGAGGAGCCGAAUGCCGCUACCCCGAAGCCGUCCUUGCGUCUUAAUUUUGCUGAAUACAAGCGGAUCUCAAACUUGCUGGUCCUGCAGCUGAGAAAGAUGGAGGACGAGGAUGAGACUUCCCAGAGGAAGAGUGAACUCAUCAAUUGGUAUCUAAAGGAGAUCGAGUCUGAAAUUGACUCUGAAGAGGAGCUCGUUACUAGGAAGCAAAUCAUCGAUAAAGUUGUUCACAGACUCGUGCACUAUGACCAAAUUUUGAUUGAGCUGACACAGACCGGAUUAAAAGGCACAGGGGACGAGGAGGUACCAAAAGAGGAGGAUCCUUACCUCGUGGUGAACCCCAACUACAUACUGGAAGAUUAAUGGGCUGCUUUGUGCCUCACAGACUUCAUUCUGCAAGACUUUGGCUUUUUCCUAUUUGGAAAUGUACAGUGAGGAAGAUUCUCAUUAAGAGACGUUUUUACCCACGGAUUUAUCUGUUGUCUGAUUGGGUCGCUAAACCUGGCGUUUUAUGAAGGCUCUGAGCUGGUUUUACAGAGAGAUUUUCAAGCCUUGACUUUUUUUUUUAUACUUUUAGAAGCGUCUCAUUUUAUCUUGUCCUUGAAGACGUUUCAGAGACUUUUAUAUCAUCAGCUGAUAAGUGUCUGGGAUAUGUUCUUAUUCUUAUUAAAGUUUUAUCUGUAGAUACA